GCAAGUAUCCAGUUUCCAGGUAGAAACUGUGCUGCCAGUGAUCGGUAGCUCAGAGCUUAGUCAAAUCUAACAAACACUUAAUUAAAUUGUGAGGCAGGAAAAGACUGUAACUAUCUUGGAGAGUCAUAAUGUAUUAGAUGUUUUCCCAGCAACUGUCUGAAGCACACCAGCAGGUGAUGGCACAAGCUGGUUACAGUCAUCAGGGCAUCAAUGUAAAAGAUAAGUCUUUGCUGGGGAAGGGAGAGCUAGUUAAUGAGUAAUACCAGGAAGUAACAAAGGUUUGAAAAAAACAGCACAGCUUCUGCCUUCAGAAAGGGUCAAAAAUUUAGUUCUCCAGCCCAAAUAGACUUGCCCCUUUCCAACGAGAACAUCAUGACAAGCAAGAGCAGGGAGGAUGCACAACACCCCCCUUCCAGAUGUCCAGAUAACAGUGCAUUCAAACAACAGAAACUGUCAGCCUGGCAGCCCGAACUUACACCUGCGUCUGUCCUCUCUGGCUUCAUUCUCAUCGGUGUAUUCUGCCUCACCAUGGGAGUCUGCCUCAUCUUGUCCGCAAGGAGCGUCAAAGAAGUCCAGAUUAAUUAUUCAGACAAAUGCCUGAAUUGUUCAAAACUGCGUGAAAAUUCCUCUAAUUGGAAUACUGAAUGCCUCUGCUCUGCUGACUUCAAAUUAGAGGAAAAAAUACAGGGUGAUGUUUUUAUGUACUACAGCCUGCAAAACUUUUAUCAGAACCACCGUCGGUACGUCAUGUCCAGGAGCAACGCGCAAUUGCUGGGUCGAAAUACAGAUAUUCGUAACAGCAACUGUGCACCUUUCUCAACCUAUCGUAAUGGAACUCCCAUGGCUCCAUGUGGUGCUAUCGCCAACAGCAUGUUCAAUGAUACAAUUUCUCUUUUUUACUAUACUAAUUUAUCCACUGCUAUCCAAGUCCCACUACUAAAGACUGGAAAUAGUUGGUGGACAGAUAAAUAUGUGAAGUUUCACAAUCCAACAUCGCACAACCUCACUUCUGCAUUUGCAGGGACAGCAAGGCCUCCCUAUUGGCAGAAACCAGCCUAUUUAUUGGAUGAGGAGAAUGAAAGGAAUAAUGGUUACAUCAAUGAUGACUUUAUCAUCUGGAUGCGGGUGUCAGCUUUCCACACUUUCAGAAACCUCCACCGUCGCCUCAGCCGCACCGAGCAGUUUGCUGAUGGUCUCCCAGCAGGGAAUUACACCUUUCACAUUUUCUACAAUUUUCCCGUUUCCAGGUUCAAAGGGAAGAAAUACCUGAUUCUCUCAACUGUGGUGUGGUGUGGGGGAAGCAGCCUCUUCCUGGGAAUUGCCUAUACGGUUUCUGGUGCAGUGGUAAUGCUGGCAGGUUUUAUCAUAACUGCCAUUCACUUAAAGCUCAAAAAAAGGAAAACUUACUUUCAGAGAUAACUAGACAAUAUAACUUUUUGGACCAAAAUAAAGGCACUCCUCUGAAAAGAGGACAGAGAAGCAUGGACCUUUCACACAUUCCUCCUCCCUGUAGAAUCAUUUCAAACACAGAAGAAGUGGUGAACAUACAGAAGUCCCGAGCAUCAAGAUGUUCUUCCAUAACACAAAAUAACCACAAGUUCAUUAGGUGACUCCAGAUGCAUGACCCCAAAUGUCAGUCUUCUACUAAGAACCAAUCUUCAGGUUCUGAGAGGCGCAUCAGUGCUGUACUUAUUUGGAAUCAUGAACUCCAGUGCGUUCAUAGAGAAGUGAGACUGGAAGGGGCCUCAAGAGAUCAUCUGAGUGAUUACUGAGUACAAAUGCAGGGCCAAAACUCAGGUCCUCAGAUUUUGCUGAAUCUGUAAUCAGGCAAAACUCCCACUGAUUCAGUCAGUAGCAUAACUGAGGGCAGGGGGAACUGGGGCAGCAGCCUGGAUGCCAUUUUUGUGGGGUGGGGGAGGCAAGAGGUGGGGACUAGACAAAACAGCUACUCCUGUAGUGACACCUGACCACACCACUGCAAUUUGCAUAGCAGGAGCUGGUGCUGCCCCAUGAGCUGGUAGCUGCUCCAGCUGUGGACCUCUCUGUGUGAAGCAAUACUCUAUGUGAAGUAAUACUUGUAGUGAAGCUUAGGCUUCUAAGGCCAGAUCCAGAUGUGCAGGCACAUGAGAUUUGUUGCCGCAAACCUCUUUGCAGUGCCACAAACUGCAUGUGUUGCAUAUUAAACCAUGCAUGGCUGCCUGCUCACUGGGCUGCCUUCUUUCCUGUCUUGAGGCACACUGCACCCCAGGCAGUUGCUCCAUGGCUCGCUGGGGCACAGCAUGCCAUAGCACAGGGUUUCACAGCAGAGCCCCUGCACUGAGGCAUGCAAAGACAGGGGAUCAGCCAGCCCAGGGCUGCCUGUUCCCCUAUCUCAAGGUACACUGUGCCUCAGCCAGCUGGGGAGCAGCUGGAUAGGGUGCCAGGUGCCUCAACGCACAGGCUGCCCCAUCUCCAUGUGCUACUCCCUGGCUGGCUAGGCCACAGGGUGCUUCAGGAUGGGGGCUGCCUGCUGGCUAGCCCUGCAUUGAGGCAACCUGUGCUCCAGCCAGGCCCCCUGCAGUACAUGGAGCAGCAGGACAUUGUGUCCUGCUGCAAACCAUGCGAGCAGGGGCGUGCACUGCAGCAUAAAGUAGCAGCAGCAAUUUGUGCUGCUACUAUUUGUUCUGCAAACGCAUGCCCCUGCUCAUGUGGAUGCUACCUAUGUGUCUAAAUCACUGUUAGAAAUGGGACUUAGGAUUCUAAAUCUUUAAGGCACUUUUGAAAAUGUUACCCUCUGUGACUUGGUUGAAGUUACUGAGGCAACAACCUGUGCCAGCGCUGGGAUUAGAACUCAGAAAUUCUGGCUUCCUGCCCUGUGUUCAGACAGACCAGAGGACUGUUUUUUGCUCAAAACAGAGUUUCAGGAGCUGCUAUGCAUUAUAGGUGUAUAAGCCACAGAACAUUUGUCACUGGUUUUAUUUCAUCAUUCAGAGUCUGAUAAAAAUGUUAGGCAGGAAAAGAAUAAACAAUAAUCUAUAUUUCAGUGUGAGGGGAGUACACCCAAAUUAAAAAAAAAUGCUUAUUUAGAAAACCCAUUCAGCCUAGCAAGCAAUGCUUACAAUAUACCCAUUAUUAUCCUUCAACUGUUCAUGGAAGUAGGUUGCCUGUAGUCUUAACAUUUAUGAAGUCUUCAAACCCCGAAGAGGGAAAUACUAUCAUAUAAUGAAUCUUCUUCCUUCUGUUAUGCUGCUGUUUAGGUCUUGCCUCAGAAAGCAAAAGCACAUUUUCUUUUCUUUUACUAUGGGUGUAUCAUUCUUUUAAUUCUUAUCAUGGCCUCUGAAUAAUCUCCUUGGAAUAACCCACUGGAACUGGGAGGUUACUGGUUUUUAAUCCUAGUGACUCAGUGAGCACGUCUACAUGUGCAAUUAAUGUGGAGCAAUAAACUCCAGGGUUUAGUGCUCCAGAGUUUAUUGCUCCUGGGCACUCCAUUUGAACAUGAGCUGGGUUGGUGCAAACGCAGCUGGCAGGGGGCCCGGGGGAGGGUCAGCCUGUCCGCCCAGGGCUGCUCCUGCUCAGCUCAACAAGCUGUGGAGGGGAUGGCUGAGGCUUGAGGGUGCUUCAGUGUGGGGCCAGCAAACAGCCCCUGCACUGAAGCACCCAUAUGCUUCAGUCAGCUUCUGCAUGUGUGGUGCUGCAGUUGCAAGUACUACUGUGCAGUGGAAUUAAUUAGUUUUCUGGGGCCCAAUAGGGCCGCACAUGUAGAUGCCGAGAUGUUUACUGCAGAGCUAAUUAGGUAGCUCUGCAGUAAACUUCUUGUGUAGAUACUUCCAGUUACAUCUUCUGAGUCAUUUCACAUGGUAUCCCUAGCCCAAAAUGAUGGGAGUAAAGGGAUGAGGGGAUUGCCAGAAUAUUGCCACUCUUACAGAGUAUUAUCUAAGCUUCUUAGAAGAGGAAGGAAAGUGUCUGAGGUGAGGCAGGUCUCUGGUGGUCUUCCACACUGCCUACAUUGAGGCAGGACUCCUGUGACAAGAUUGGAGGCUUGUAGGAUGCCAUUAUACUGUUUCAAGCAUUAUUGCUGGCUGAAAGAGGUGGGCUGGAAAAGAGGUGAGGAUCUUGCAGGUUGGCUGGCACUCCGGCACAGUAAAAAAAGCUGUACAGAUGAUUGUGAACUCAAAUUGGGGUCGUUAUCAAGGAAUGAACUCAUAGAACAUUCUGGGUGUUAAUCAUGGUGGGAGUUAUCAAGUUGGACUAAGCACAAAAUGGGACUGAUCCAAAAAGGAAACUGACUCAUGAUUCUGAACCCACUCAGACUGGUUUGUAACAAACCAUUUAACAAAACCUAGGUGGGACACAAACAUUUCUGUGUUUUCAGACCCCUAAACCAAUCAUGGGGAGCAAAGCUGUGAAAACACCACAGUAGUCAUAAUCUCAUUGAGGUUCAGGGACCUAAGAGUUCACUUUGUGUAUUGCCUUUUUUCAGCAAAUUGGUAGCCUGAGAAUUACUGCCAUUCUCAUGCCAUAAGGUAGCAUAUGUGUUUUACGGAAAAGCAUCCUGAUACGUAAAAAUUGGAGAUUACAAUUUUAUUGAGCUUACAUAUCAGGAAUACUGGAGAGUAGAUGACUUAUUUCCUAUGUCGUUAUUUAUGUAGGCUUGUCUUUGGCAAAGCAAGAUUGGAGUUUAAGAAUGCUAAAGAAAGCAGGCCUUCGCUCCCACCACAGUAAGACCAAUCCAAUAGCACUACUGUGGUAAAGUCUAAGAGAAUUAUUGCUGGUAUUUGCAAUAUUAGAAACUGCAAAAUGAUGAAGUUGUUUGUGUUUCAACUCUUUCUCUUAAGGAUGCUGUUACCCUAAUAAAUCAUGCAAUACUCCAGAAUGCUCCCAUUCAUUCUUGCUUGCAAAGGAAAAAAACUGGAGCCAUCACCACUAAUGCUUUAUAACCUCAUCUUGCAGCCUUCCACUAUAGCCAGCACUGAGAAGCAGACAGAUCCAGGUAUUUUUAUUAUGUGCAAAAACCCCCUAACCCUCCCCCCCCUCCCCAAACAAACCCAAAAAAACCAAAACAAAACCAAACCCGUAGGAAGUUAUGUGCCAGGAGCUGAGCGCAAGUGUGUGUUUGUCUUGCCAGAGUUGAUGUCAUCAUAUAUGCUUAAAGUAGUGCAGAGUAUGCAGUUUUCUUGUCAUCAGCUAUUUAUGGACCAGGUAAAUACAGGAAUGAAAUUAUUUUUAAAGCAGUCUUAUUCAUCUGAAUAUUUUGGGUCAAUAAAAUAAUUGGAGGGGUGGAUAAUUGAAGGAAUUACUGAAUAAAUUCAUACCAGUCGACAUAAUCAAGGCUCAAGUGAGGGAAUUUGGACUAAAGCAGCUGAAGUAAAUAGGAUUUCGUUUGUUUUGUAUUUUGUUUUCUGUGUUUUAAUGAAUAUACUUGUAGUUUUGAUGGGUGCUAUUAAUUUGAAUUAAUAAAGUCAUUGUUGACCUUGAAGGCUAUGUAGCUCACCUUUAACAUUACUCCCAGGGAAAAGAAUUCCACUAAAAAUAAAAAAUAA